AUGAUGCACCGGACCGUGGCGGCGCUCGCGGGGAUCAGCGGGAUGGCGGUGUACACCCCACCGUGCCGCGUUGCCCUCAAGGAUUGGUGUGCCUGGACCGGAAAUGACUGGAAGAAGGUGUCGAACGUCGUCGGCGACUCUUUUCGCAUCCCCAGCUGCAACGAGAACGCCUACACCAUGGCGGCGUCCGCAACCCUCCGCCUCAUCCUUAACUACGGGGUUGACCCCGCCCGUAUCGGUUUCCUCGGACUAGGGACAGAGAGCAGCACGGACAACUCCGCCGGGUCCAUUAUUGUGCGGGGCAUGGUCGACAAAGCCCUGAAAGAGCUCGGUAUGCCGCGCAUCUCGCGUCACUGCGAGGUGCCGGAGUUCAAGCACGCCUGCCUCGGUGGCGUGUACGCCCUGAAGAGCGCCGCCCGCUACGCGGAGCUGGACGGCGGCGAUGACGCGCUGGCUAUCGUCGUGGCGUCUGACAUUGCGGAGUACGCGCUGGGCUCGACGGGGGAGCAGACGCAAGGCGCCGGCUCGGUGGCGAUGCUGGUGGAAAAGACACCCAAGUUGGCGGAAUUGGACACAAAGUGUUCCGGCUCCGCCUCUGACUACCGUGGACCCGACUUUCGCAAGCCGUUCAAGCGCCACUUCAUUAAGGAGUACUGCAGCAGCACGGAACACGGCAAGAUUCCAGACUUCCCCGUCUUCUCCGGCCCCUACAGCACGAUGGUGUACCUCGACGAAGUCACCGUGGCUGUGGAGGAGAUGCUGUCCAAACUGAAGCAAAGUACUGGAGACUACUACAACUCGGUUUCGGCACUCUUUUUCCACCGUCCGUACAACAUGAUGCCGAUUCAGGCCAUGUCCUUCUUGUACUCCCGUGGACUCGCGCGUGCCCACUCGGAGGAGCACAAGAAGUACUUUGAGGAACUCUGUGCAAAGGCCAAGGUGGACCCUGCUGCCGUGCGAAAGGAACUUGAGGCCUCUCCCGACUACUUUGGCAUGAUUGAGGCGGGGCAGGAACCCAAGGACGUGUUUGCUGCCACCAAUAAGGUUGCCAAGGCUCUCCGCGCGGACAAGGAGUUCACCUCCCUCCUCAACAGGAAGAUGAGUCUGGGCAGCCCGGCAAUGGCAAACUUUGGUAACCUUUACACCGCCUCUCUCCCAUGUUGGAUUGCGGCCGGCUUUGAAGAGGCCUACACGCGUAAAAUUGACAUUACAAACCACCCAAUGGUCAUGAUCGGCUACGGCUCUGGUGACGCGAGCGAGGCAAUCCCGAUGGUUCCAGUGAAGGGGUGGGAGACGGCCGCGUCGAAGAUUAACGUCUCUGCGGCGCUGGAUAACCCCGUGAACCUCACGCGGGAACAGUACGAGGGGCUGCACACGGGAUCGCUGAAGGAGGACCUCGCCGCAGAGAAACGUAAGGGGGAGUUUGUUGUGGGUCACGUCGGAACCCGCAACGAGGCGGCCUUCCAGGACAUUGGUGUUGAAUACUACCAAUUUGUACGCUAG